AUGGUAGGUAAAUGCCCAGGAUGUGGAUGGAUCCCUAAAACUGGGAAAACAAGAGAUCUUAAUAAGCAUAUGGAUCUAACACGAAAUAGACUAUGUCAAGCUUUAUUGCAACUAUCUCAUAAUACUCAGCCUAUACCACAAGUAACUGUACUGGAUUCCAAUGCUAGAAAAUCAGGUGAGUCUGUUAAACAAUGGGGAUCGAGAUUACGAAAAAGACUAAAAGAAGUGAUUUAUCAAGAUUAUCCUCAACCACAAAAUUUAUUUCAAUGCAAGCAUCUUUAUGAUCAAUUAUUGCAAGUUGAUCCAGAGGCAUAUGUUUCAGAAAAACCUUUAAUGGAAGAAGAAAAGUGUGAAGAGCAAGGAUUCUUUGAUGAACCUGAAAUCGAGGAAGCAAAUCUUCAGCAUGACCCAUCUCCAAUGGUACAGCCAGAAAUCAAUCCCGAAGCUGGUCCAGGUCCUCAAACCCAAGCUCAUCGUGAAGGUAGACUUACUGAAUCAGAAGAAAUAGUAACUCAGACACAAAGUGUCCUGCUCCGCAGACAAACACCAUCAGAUAAUACAGAAUUGCAAUCUGUUCAAGAAUUGCUUGAUCACAAAGAUAAAUUUCUAGAUUUAGAUAUAGAAGUACCAUGGCCAGUCCCAUAUCCCGAUAACAAAGAACAUUGUGUAAUAUGGCAAAAUGGAAUUCGGACUGCAAAAGAUAUGUUCAAGAUAGAUCUGGCCAGUAUAAUAUUAAGAGCAGAAAAUGAAGAUAAAGCUAUGCAGGAGGUGUUUUUACAAUGCCUAUUUCGGAAUUAUUCAGAAGAAGAAAUCAAUGAAACUAUAAAAUUGGCAGUAGAUGCUUAUAGAGCAUUCGAAAAUGAAGAUGAAGCUAUACAGGGGAUAUUUUUACAAUGCCUAUAUUGUAAUUAUUCAGAAAAAGAAAUCAAUGAAACUAUAAAAUUGGCAGUAAAUAAAGGAUAUAAAAACUGGUUGAGAUAUGUGGAAGAUCAAAUAGAAUCAAAAAAAAUCGAAGCUGGAAUGACCGAAAAGCGAGCACAAAGAAUAUUAGAUACAAUUGAUAAUCAUGAGUAUUUAAUAAGAGUAAAAUUCAUUCGAGACGAUACAGUAAUAUCAGAUAAGGGAACAAAAAAAGGCUUUAAAAUUAUUGAUAAAUAUGAGCCUAUUCGUGAAUCAAAAAAGGCAGGUGGAAAAUAUGUCGGGGGUGGUCCAAAC